GCGGCAAAGAUGGCGACGAUGGCAUCUUCCCGUGAGGCAGCUUCCCGGCAGAACUGCGCCUCCGUUGCCCGAAGCGCCGGUUGCCUUGUCUAAUUUCAUGACCGUGCCAAUCGUUGCACGCGGAAUUCGAAAAUAACGUCGUCCGGGAUCUUCGAGGAGCUGUUUAAGUUUGCGAAACCUUUCGUCGAGACGGACGUUCUUCUUCUAACGGCGACCUUUUUCUUUUUUUAUUAUUCCCUUAAUUUGAUUUGCGUCUAUCGAAUGAUCCGUUUUGGGAUUGAAUGAGGAGCAUGGAUCAAAAUGACGGGAUCAAGCCAAAUGCGAAAAGGUUUCCCAUAUUUUGGCCGGUUGCAGUGGAAAGCGAUAACGGUCUUCUGGGCUGCCACGGCCGUCACUCACUUGCAAGAAAGCUCUACACUUUCUGGAUGCGAGACCUCAAAAGGCUGAUGAACCACCGACCGAGAGGGAACGAACCGUACGUUCCGACGGAAGUGGAACACUUGGCCAAUGUUACUACGCACGCUCUGAGUAUACUGCCUAGCUUCUUCGGCCUCAAGUUCCUGGUGCAGAGGGCACACACGCCCACUCAUUACACGGCAGCACUCAUCUAUGGAGCCGCUCUCGUCCUCCUCUUCGUCGUCUCCUCACUCUUCCAUUCCAUACACUUCUUAGGGAAGCUCAAUACGCUCCCUGCAUCCAUGUGCAGGGCCUUGAGGGAAAUCCUGCAUCGCUGCGAUCGAGCUGCCAUCUACAUCUUCAUUGCAUCGGCCUACACACCCUGGUUAUUGUUGAAAGAAUACAGCUCCUGGGGUCAGAAGCAGCUAUAUGUCGUGUGGUUACUAUGUCUACUGGGUAUCGCUUAUCAGAACAUAUUUCAUGAAAAGUACAAAACCCUCGAGGUGCUUAUUUACAUGGCGUCUGCACUGGUGCCGGCGUCUGCAACGUUUUCAAUGCGUCCAGCAACUGGAUUAAAAGAAAUCAUCUACGGUGGUUGCCUCUACUUCGUUGGAGUGCUAUUUUUCAAGCUGGAUGGAAGGCUCCCUUUCGCACACGCCAUAUGGCAUUUAUUUGUCAACGCUGCAACGAUGGUGCACUACCAAGCUGUUUAUCGCUACCUCUUCAAUGCUGUAUCCCACGAGCACUAGUAUUAUCAAUGCAGACGACACAGGAGAACAUUCGAUAUGAGAAUGCAAAUCUAGCAGACAAGCUUACGAGUCUCCGACAUUCUCAAACUUUUAGUUUCCUUUCAACUUGUGUGUGCAACCACACCUAAGUUUUAUAGGACAAUGCAGCCGCCAUCAAUCUAGACAUUGUAGACAGGCUGAAUGCACUGCCCCCAGUUCUCAAGCCUACGGGGAACGUUGAGAUUACAUUCCCCGGUGCUAUAUUGCCCACAUUGUAUAUUUUUGUGCAAUACUACAGAAACGGUCUUAUACAUCGUUCUACGUGGUCGUGCUGUUAGUAAGAUUUGUUGAAAAUUUGUCCUCAAAUGUGUGCUGCACCUUCAGACUUUGCCUGCAUCGAUGUAAGCAGCUUUUGCUGUCCUACACUGCUGAAAUAUGAUGGCAGACACGUCUGAAUACACACACAGUGUUUGUGUGUGCAAACAUGUCUGCCAUCUUAUUUCAGCCCUUGACACAUGUGCCAAGAAAAUAGAGGAAAUCAAAAUGUGCCUGAUUAGAUGGUGCCAAAAAUGUUGCCAAACAUUUGUUUUGUUCUGCCAUGAUGUCGUUGUCAACAGUUGUCCUCACUGUACGAUAGCACAUGUGCUGCCCCCUAUGAAUAUUUUUGCCCAGGGACUGUUGCGAUAUAAUGUCUUGCAUGAGAAGCGUGGAGUGCGUGUACGACACGCCCCUCAAGUUAAUGUGAUAAAUGGUCUAAACACCAUUAAAUGGGCAGUGAACUGACUUCGAAGCCACAAGUACAUAACUGGAACGACACGUUCGGAGAAUGGGUACAGGACGCACAUGUCUUCGAUACUUCAAUACAGACUGUAUGCCACAUAUUUUCACUGUUGCUGAUACGCCAACCCUCCCUUGUCUCAUUGUUCUAAAGCCGCGCAGAAUGUGCAUAUUCAAUUCACGUUCUCCUUGAGCACUUGUUUUGUAAAUAAAAUACUUUGGAACCCA